AUUUUCUAUGUAUUCUAUGUUUAGAUCUAAAAAAAAACAACAACGUUGAAAUAAAACUAUUUACAGUAUUUAAACUCAUAAAGUGUAUUUCUAGUUCUCCUGUAUUGAUCUGGACACUUUGGAUCGGGUAUACUCAAGACACUGUUUAUAACCUGUCCAUAAGUGUCAAAUUCAAAAGUGACAAACAAACGAAUGGGUUCCAUAAGGCUCAGAGAAACAGAUGAAGAUAUAGCAGAUCUUUUAUCCAUGCAAUGGAUGGAAUAUGCUCAUAUUUAUUUGAUAAAUAUUACUCCUCCAUACCGCAGUUUGAUAUUAACGGAGCUGAAUGAAGCUUUAAGUUUUCAGUCAUAUUUUGGAGGAAAUCAGAUAACUGCAGCUGAUAAAGCUGUUUUCAGAGCUUUAAGACACAUAAUGGUGAUGUUUUAUUAUUAAUUUACUAUAAACUUAUCUUUGGAGAUUUUUCUUUAUAUAUGUAUGUUAUAUGGGCCAUUUCGAAAUUUUGAUCACAUUUGGGCAUUAUUUUUUUAGAAAAAAGAAAUUUGAGAAAUAGUGUUUUUUGGCUUCUUAACAAUCUUUAUAGUUUGAGAAGGAGUUGCGGUCAAAUAAAUAAAAAAAUUAAAAUAUAUAAAUUAUUUUAAUUUUUGCCGACGUUUCGACCCACUUUGCAGGUCGUCUUCAGGGCUACAAAAGAUACAAACAUGUUGAAAAAAUAAAAAUAAAAUAAAAAAUAAAUAUAAGUAUACAUAAAAUACGAAGAAGUUGUCAGAUACAGAAAUAAAAGAUAAAGAAAAUAAAUACAUGAUAAGAAAAUAGAUAAAAGAAAAUAAAUACAUGAAUGUUAACGAAUAAAUAGAUUGAAAAUUGAAUACUAUUGUUACAGUAAAGUUGAAAUAUGGAUAAGAUAACAUAAUAAUAAGAUAUCUGUGGAUAACAAGCAAGUGGAGGUUACCUUUAAUUGUAAAUAAACAGAUAACGGGACUAAAGGUUAAGAAGUGAAGAAAUUGAAAGAUUAAUGGGGUAACAUUAGUGUAAUAUUGUUGGGAUAGAUUAUUAAGUAUAAAUAACUCUAUAAGAAAACAAUAAUUUUAAAAGAAUACUUUAAAAUGUAAGAAUAAAUGUAAAAAGAAGGUUAUGAUGAUAAAGAAACAAAAACCAGGUUGUACUAUAUAUAUAUGACAAUUGACAUUUAGUUUUUUGAAAGCGGUAACGGAAUGGUAGGCUGCAUGAAGAUAAUAAUAAGGUGUAUAGUUGAAGGAUAGGUGUGUUAAGAAAAGAAUCACAAUAAAAGUCAAAACAUACCGUAGGAUGUGGCACUGCGGGAGGCAGUUGAAACACUGGCAGUGUAAAAAAACUCUAGUAAUCUCUACAUCAUUAUGAAUACAUUACCACGGGGUCAACAUCAAGAUACAAACCCACAAUCCAUACGUCGCAGUUCCAGACUUAAUUCCAGAUCCAACAAUCUACAACAACAGUCAUCCGCACAUCAGAACCUCUCUGUUCUUCCCACUCGUCACAGUACCAGAUUUCAAAAACCUUCCAGAACUUUUCAUCACGCAGCACCGAUAUCUAAUCACUUCUCUUCACACUCUUCUCCAUCUUCAUUUAACAAUUCGUCACAUGAUGACACAUUGACCUCUUCAGUUUUAAACUCCUCCUCUCUAAUAAGUUCCGCUCCCAGUCAAGCUAAUUUAUCCUUCUCAUUUUUCAAAACCGUUUAUUCUAGUCACAAAUACCACAUUAACAGCCUAUGCUCGCUCCACAAACGCCUUGCCGACACGUUAGAACAGCGCAUUUUUUUACUGAAAUGCCGCUCCAACUCUCUUUUUCCUAAAUCAAUCACUAAUUCCCUCAAUCACAUUACUAUCUCCAAACCACUCAAUUCCAAAUUAUCUAACUGUUCUUUAAAAUUCAAAAAAUCCCUCCUUAAUUUGAAAAUCCGUGAAAUCAUAC